AUGGUGGUGGGGGUGGUGAAAUAUCCAGAGGAAAGUAAGAGAUUUGAAGCUACUGAAGCUGCUUUUGAAGGAGAAGGAAAAGAGGAAGAUUAUCAGCAGUUGGAAAACUCGAACGAAGAACUCGAGCAAGCACUUCCUAAGGGCAAAGUGCAGUAUCUGAUUAAAUGGCGAGGCAGGUCGGAGGCGGAAAAUACAAGGGAGCCUCUGGAUAAUCUACUGCAAUGUUCAGAUGUCAUUGAUGCAUUUGAAGAAAGUUUGAAAGCAGGGAAAAGUCAGUCAACGCUUAAGCGAAAGCGCAGGAGUGGUUUAACUUUCACCCAUACCAAGAAAAAUCAUCAACAGCAAACUCCUGUGGCUGCAACUUACAAUGUACCCUCACACAGUUCCCAGAUAAUGACUCUGCUCAAGAACUCAAAUUUGGCUUUUGUUGAACAAAAAACUCAUUCCUGGAAAUCCCACAUCAAUUUUAAUUCGUUAGCGUAA